AUGACAAUCAUAGAGAAUAUUAAAAAUCGGUUUGGCUCAUUUGACUAUUUUGAUGUUAUCUACCACCCAGGUGGUGUUUACUCUAAAACGGAUAUUCGCUUGGCCAGUCGAUAUUCGCCUAUCAUGACUUACGAACAUGAAUGUUGGGGUUAUCGUUGUCUUCCGUGGAUAAUUGAUGAUAAUACAACGAUUCUAAUGCAGGCAUAUGCAUACGAAAUGGACUUAUAUCAUACGUCUUUCUCUUACAAUCGUGUAAUUGUUCAUAUACCACAGUGCGCUGAACCAUCUAUUUUUUAUCCUCCUGUAGCAUUAAAUAGUGAUAAGCGCGUUAUACGUGAUAUCGAUAUUCUUGUGGUCGGAGCUCUUCAGAGUUUUGUUUAUCCACUUCGGUCACGCCUUGCUGAAAUGGUUAAAAAAAAAUUGAUAAAAAAUAGCUAUCUGCAUGACCAUCCGGGUUAUGUUCUUGUCAAUCGUUCAGUUGAACAGACUGAAUCGCAGAUUCAUGAUUAUGCAGCACUUCUUCGUCGAGCAAAAAUAGUAGUUGUCGAUUCACUUCGCUAUGGUCAUGCAAUUAAUAAAUACAGUGAAGUAGCUCUUAGUGGUUGUCUUAUAAUUGGAGAUAUUCCGUCCGAACGCGAAGAAGAAUUCCGUCGAUAUAUCGUUCAAAUAUCAAUGAAUAUGACUGAUGAAGAAAUUCUAUCUAUUAUAGAGUAUUGGAUAAAAAAUGAACAUGAACGCGAAGAGAGAGCCUCAUUAGGACAAAAAAUUGUUCUUAAUUCGUAUACAUGGGAUCACAGUAUUGAUCUAUCAUUACAGGCUUUAAUCAAAUAUCGACAAGGUGAAUUUGGAAUCUAUCAUAACUAUCCUUAUACAAUAAAAUGUGCUCCUUUUGAUAAUACAUACAAGGAUCAACCAACUGCUACAAAAUGGUGUUCAAAAGGAUUAAGAGGUAUACCACUUCGUUCUUUAUGCGAAUGUAAUUUAACACAUAUGAACUAUAUGAAUGAUGAACCAGAUUUGGAUAAUUGGAGCGGAAUGGGAGUAGAUGUGAACUCAACAAAUCCUAGCAUAUACUUAGUGCCGACCAGUUUUAUAACUUUUUGCGAUACCUAUGAAAUCAUUAAUGCAUUUGCUAGGGGAGUACCAUCGGGUAGUUCCUGCAAUUGUCAACAUGCUGAUGGGUCAUGGCGAGGUUCAAAUAUUUGCUAUAUUUCAAACACAGCUUUAACUAUUUCUCGAUACCUUGCUUAUCUGUAUGCUCAUAAUAAUAAAAUUUACCAUUGA